AUGAGUGAAGGAGAUACAUGUCUUCAGGGUCCAGGCCUGGAUAUUAAUGUACCUGUUCCAUCUACUGUCGAAGGAGCGGGAUACAUCAAGAGAAAAUGUUCAAUCAGUCCUAGGGGUGUUAGUGAUGGUAUUUCGAUUGAGCAGGGUAAAGCUUUAUUCAUUUUACCUAGACAUAUAAGGUUGGCCAGAGCUUGCUAUGCCGUGGCAACUAAUAGCUUCAUAGAAGAGCAUGUUACUAAUAAAUCUGAUUCUUGUGCGGGUAACAAGAGGGCUCGUAGUUCACAAUCUGAUUUCUGGUCACGUGUUGAUUCUGGUGAGAUUAAGAUCCAAACUACAUUAGAUGAGUGGCGUAAUUCAGCAAAAUCAACGCUUCAGAGGAAGGUGAAUACAAAUAUUCCGAAUUUCGCUAUCAGUACUACUAAUCUCUCAGAUUAUUCUUACAAGACUACGGCGUUUGGGGAUGUUUACUAUUCGCCUAGGUUCAAUGACAACAAAUAUACAUACAGGUUCGUAAUUCUCACAAAGGGUGUGAGGAACGAGGCAUAUCGCAUUCUCAAGAGUUGUGGCAGGCAUUUUCUGACGGAGGUGCAAAUUAUUCACCAAUUAGGUAUAGAUUUAUCACCUGGAUGGGAGCAUUUCAUGGUAUUCCGCAACAAGUUGGAGGAGCUGAUUUUACGCCGUCCUUUAGGAAGCUAG